GUUAAUAAAUAGGAGAGGAGAGAGAGUGAACGGGGGAGGAGAGUGGGAAGGUGGUGGCCGCGAGUGGCAGGACAUCGUCUCCGCCGCUCACUGACCUCUGUGGUGGCGGAUAUCCUCUCGCCGGAGAGGUUUAUCUGAGACAGCAAUACUGCUGUGAGCCAUGGUUAGCCUAAGGAGACGAAGACUAUUGGGGCUUUGUUCUGGGAAAAGCUCCAUUCCAGUUGAAUUGCCAGGCUCCAAUGAGAGUAGUGGUGCUCUAAACCUGAGCAGAAAUGUGAAUCCUUUCAGCAUUCAUCCUAUGCCAUUAAUUAGCAUAAGUCGUGAAAAGCCAACAAAUAUUCAUGAAAUAAGCUUUGGAUCUUCAGUUGUGUCUGCUACAAGCUCGCCAAAGGAGGAAAUCGAUAACUAUUUUCCAGGUAAAGAUAUGAAACACAGAAAGAGAUACCGUAGAAAACUCUAUGAAGACCAAGAACCAUGCGUAAUGAGAGGUGUUUAUUUCAAAAACAUGAAAUGGCAGGCGGCUAUCAAAGUUGAUAAGAAGCAGAUCCACUUAGGCACUGUGGGCUCCCAAGAAGAUGCAGCACGGUUGUAUGACAGAGCGGCUUUUAUGUGUGGCAGACAACCAAAUUUUGAACUUCCUGAGGAGGAGAAACAUGAGCUCAGCCACUAUAACUGGGAAGAGUUCCUUGCAAUCACACGCAAUGCAAUCAACCAUAAAAAGCUCCAAAGAAGGAUUGGAGGAGGAAGAAGAAGGAAAUCAGGGAUAGAGAUGAGAGGCAGUGAUGUGGAGGAGCCUGAAAGAGGCGCAUGUGGCUCACCAUCUACCUCUGAUGAUGGUGAAGUAGAGGUAUUUGCUUCAUAGUUUAGCGGCUUCAAAAUGCUAAAUUAUAGCUUAGAUUAUAUUUCUUAUUAUUUGCUUGUGUAUAGAGGCCCUAUUUGCGCAAGCUAGGGUUUAAAAAGUUGAUCAAGCUCCAUUAAUGGCUUCUUUAUUAUCAUUCUUGUAGUUAUUAUGAGUGGGCAUUUGGAUACUUUCAUUGUCUUCUCUUGUAAAUAACCCUUACCUGAUAAUAUGAUUUUGUUACCUUCUUUUA